AUGUCCAAGCUCCUCACACGAGCCGUUAUGGCCCCUCGUCCUCCACGCCGACGUCCCCUCACGCGGCCCUUCCUCCUCGCCGUCGCCUUCUGCGCCUUCAUCUACUAUUUCCUCCUGAGUGACAAUUCCUCCAACCGCUACGGCCGAGGAACCAACACCCGUUCAUCCCCCAAGGUCUUCGGCGCAGUGUCGCUUGCGACGCUUGACGACCUCGGACUCACGGAAAAGGAAUGUCGCGAUACUUUCCCAGGCCUCAUGGACGAGAUUGAUAGAGCUGUCGCCAACGGCCCGUUCGACGUUAAUGUGGAGAACAGUAAGGCGCUGAUAGGGACAGUGAGAGGCGGGGAUCUGUAUAUUCGAAGGCCGCCUGGCAAGGGGCAGCUCUCUAGGCACAUGAAAGAGCGACAACUCGCUGCCCUCCACCAAAUCUACCGCGCAAUAACCUCCUCUCCGACCCCCCUCCCCAACAUAACCUUCUCCCUAUCCAUCCAUGACUCCCCCAUCGCAAAAAGCUUCGUCUACGCCCGCCCCGGCCACGCGCACUCCUCUUCCACCUACUCCACCUCCAAAGCCCACUCCUUCCCCAUGCCCCACUUCUCCGCCUGGUCCUGGGCCCUCCCAUUCCUCAACUCCCUCCCAGCCGCCUCCUCCACUAUCACGAACCUCGAAUCGACCCUCCCCUUCUCUAAGAAGGACAGCCGCGCCGUGUGGCGCGGCACCCCAUGGUUCUCCAACCCGCUCGGCCCGAACCCCAAUCUCCGACAGGACCUCGUCCGCGUAGCCUCCCCUUCCAAGGUCUCGUCGUGGGCCGACGUCCAAUCCCUAAACUGGACCACCAACUCCGCCUCCGCCGCCAACGGGUUACCCAUCCAAGACUUUUGCCGGUACAAGUACAUCAUCCACACCGAGGGCGUUUCCUACAGCGGCCGCUUCUCCUUCCACCGCAUGUGCCGCAGCGUCAUCCUCACCCCGCCGCUGGAAUGGUUCGAGCCGACGACCCACCUCCUCCGACCCGUCUACUCUACCGUCCUGCUGCGCGGACGCUCGUCCCUAGAAAGGGAGAUAAAAGAAAACCCAAGGGCGUACCCUUCGGAGAGGACACGCGAGGUGUGGCCGGCUGAUAUUGGCCCCGAAACGGCAAAUAUCGUCUUCGUGAAGCCGGAUUGGUCAGAUCUUAAGCAGACCGUCGCGUGGUUGGAGGAUCACCCAGAGGUUGCUGAGGGUAUUGCUGCGCGUCAGCGCGACCAAUUCGUCGGAGGGGGAUAUGUGAGCAAGGCCGCGGAGACCUGCUACUGGAGGAGCUUACUGAAGGGAUGGAACGAGGUGGCGCGUGUCGAUGCGAGCGGUUUACCCGAUGGGGUAGCGUUCGAGGAGUUCAUUUUGAGACCAGAGGCAUCGUAA